AUGACCAUGCCAAGCCCCCAGCAGCAGCCACCGUAUGUUCGUGCAAGACAUAGUCCAUGCUUUGAUGGCCUGCUAAGAGGCCAUGACCAAACCACACAGAAAAAGAUUAUAGUGUCUGAUGAUGAAGAGGUGAUGACGAUAGAAAAGACGUCAUACAAAGUGACUAGAAUGAAAGAGAAACUGCCUAGUGUUCUGCUUCCACUAUCUGCUGCCUCUUACUACCAUGGCAUCUCACCCCAAAUGGAAAUUGUUGAGUACAGUGAGAGCAUUAACAAGCUCAAUGCGUAUUUGAAGGCAACAAAGGAUGAUGUUAAUGCUGGUGUGCCUGCCAAGUUCCUACGUGCUGUCAUCGCUUCCGAUCAUGCCGAUGUUGGAAGUGUGGCAUCAACUAUCAUGUAUUCAUAUUACCUUCAUGUAACUUCAAAAAGCGAGCAAUUCUGCACAGUGCCAAUCAUCAACAUUGACCGGGCCAAUCUUGCAUCUCAUGUUGAACUCAACUGGUUGCUUCAUUCAUCUCAAAUUGAUCACUCAUCCCUAAUAUUUGUAGAUGAGGUAUUUUAAUUAAUAAUGCUCGGUUUUGUUCUUAUCAUAACAUAUGCUUUCUCUGUCUUGAUUAAAUUCAAACAGAUUGAUCUGUCGUAUUAUGACUUAUUUGGAAGCCUUAAGAUUGUACUCUUGAAGUGUAACAAGAUUUCCCAUAAGCAGGAGAAAUUAAAGCACGCUGUGGUUGAAAUGUUUCACUGCACGAAGAGCGAGACAAUAUAUCCAUGGGUUAAGACUAUCACAACAGGAGAGGAAAGUACUUGUUGCACGGCCAUAGCAGAAAAAUUCUUUACGCAUUCGCCUGAAAUUCUUGCCGGCAAAUCCAUCAGCAGAAUUUUGUUAGCGGGUAUCCUUUUGGACACUGGGAAUCUAAGGGAUCCUCAUUGCAGCGACAAAGAUAAGUACACAGCUUCAUUAUUAAUCAAUGGUGCUGGUCGUUAUGGGUGCAAUGGACUUUACCAAUUAUUGAAGUACAAAAUGCAUGACCUGUCCUCUCUGCAAGUAUCAGAUAUCCUCCGAAAGGAUUUUAAGAAGUGGACUGGCCAAGAGAUUAGUGGAGAAUCAAGGUCAUUGUCGCAAAUUGGCAUGAGUUGUAUUGGAAUUUCAAUUGGACAGCUUCUGGGUCACACAAAAAAUCCAGCCCAAGAAAUAACCUACUUCCAGUCGUUGGAAAAGCUUCGGGCAGUUAUUAUCGUUUCUGGGUAUUACAACGAGGACAAGAAUUUCAAGAGGGAAAUUUUAGUUUCAGCAGAAUCUGUGAAACUAUUGGAGAGUUUGCUCUUCUUCUUCGAUUUCAAUGCCUCCCGUCUCCCCCUAAAAAGUUUACAUAUAGCAGGUCUGAAAAAUGAGACGAUGAAAGCGUAUGAGAUUGAUAAGAUCACAUCAAGAAAAAUAGUAGAGCAUCUCAUAAACGAAUUUAUUGGGACAUCAAAAGCUAUAUAG